UCCUCGUUGGGCUCUCUUCUGGUUUGAGACUACAUACGCCGCACGUUAUAUGCAGUCAAAAGUCUCACCCAGGUCUCACCACUUGAUGGAUGCAGUGCAAAAUUUGGUCAGGUGGACAAAUAAAUAUUGUCCGUGAGUGCGCAUGCUUCUUGCUCCGUUGCUACUCAAUGGUUGUUGUAGUUACCGGGAAGAUUAACCGCGAUGAUCAACUGGCCCUGGUGAGACCAGCUAGCUAGCAGUUAGCAGGCUCUCAGAAAUAAAAGCACUUUAUGUUGGUGUGUAUUUGAAUGGCAUUAUAAAAACGUCUACUUAAGCGGUCUCAAACUAAGCAGACUUCGCCUGGUUAGCUGGUUAGUAACAUGCCAUUGGAGGUGGUAACUUAGGUGCCAUGGUUAAACCUAGACACUUGAUCCCAGGAAGAUUUCACUGGGCAGCUUGUGCCCUUUUACUGUGAAGAUGCCAGCUGUGAUCCGGGAUAAGGAAGACUCUGAAUCCUCCUCAGAUGACGAGCAAGAAGACCAUCCCUGCAUUGCCUGGAGCGGCCUUAGCAAGACCAUCCCAGUUCUCUUGUUCUUCCCUGAAGCUGCUGUUUCAAAAGAUGGGAAUAUCUGCUGUAUUGGAGAGCGAUAUAAAUUGGCCUUCAAGAUUGUGCGCACAGAGAGCCGCCUUGUACGAGGAAUACUCACCAAUCACGGAUUCCAUGAGGUUCACCCAAAUAGUAAUGACUUUAACCUCAUGUGGAUGGGAUCUCACCUCAAGCCUUACAUACUACGCAGCCUUCAAGACUUCCAGAAGGUCAACCACUUUCCCAGGUCAUAUGAAUUGACGCGCAAAGACCGCCUGUAUAAAAACAUCCAGCGAAUGCAGCAGACUCAUGGCUUCAAAAACUUCCAUAUCGUUCCUCAGACCUUUGUGCUUCCCUCUGAGUACCAGGAAUUCUGCAAUUGUUUUACCAAGGACAAGGGCCCGUGGAUUAUUAAACCAGUAGCAUCUUCAAGAGGGCGAGGCAUCUACUUGGUCAGCAAUCCAAAUCAGAUUUCAAUGGAUGAAAACAUCUUGGUUUCUCGCUAUAUUAAUAACCCACUACUGAUAGAUGAGUUCAAGUUUGAUGUGCGGUUGUACGUGUUGGUCACAUCUUACGAUCCACUCCUCAUCUAUGUGUAUGAGGAGGGCCUGGCCAGAUUUGCCACAGUCAAGUACGACCGGACUUCAAAGAACAUUAAGAAUACGUUCAUGCAUCUCACUAACUACAGCUUGAACAAAAAGAGCAGUGAUUAUGUCAGUUGCGAUGACCCUGAAGUUGAGGAUUAUGGGAACAAGUGGAGUAUGAGUGCAGUGUUGAGGUAUUUGAAGCAGGAGGGGAAGGACACCACAUUGCUGAUGAGACAGGUGGAGGACCUCAUCAUCAAAGCUGUACUGAGUGCUGAACUACAGAUAGCCACUGCCUGCAAGAUGUUUGUUCCUCACAAGACAAACUGCUUUGAACUGUAUGGUUUUGAUGUGCUCAUUGACUCCAACCUCAAACCCUGGUUGUUAGAGGUAAACCUUUCUCCCUCCCUGGCCUGUGAUGCACCCUUGGAUCUGAAGAUAAAGGCCAGCAUGAUUGCAGACAUGUUUUCGCUUGUGGGCUUUGUGUGUCAGGACCCCCUAUCGAGACAGCCACGCUCUGACCGAGUCACCCUGGACCCCAGCCUCAAGCACCCAGCGGCCCAAAGAACACAGGGCUUGUUGCCUAAUGAUGCCACAACAGCUAAUGCACUUGGCUGCCUCCACUCGACUACUGCACCCAGAUUUGGCGCAGGAUCUGCUGGAGGGAGAUUACUAAAUCAGACAGAUUUCUGCUCCACCUUAUAUUGUAAACCUCUUUCUGCACCAACAGCCACUGCACACAGCAGAGUGCGCCAGAGACCCGUAUCAGCCAGUAACUCAGAAACAGAGGCGUCAAAAGACAAGCUAGGACCUAAACAAGGCCAAGGAGACAGCACUCUGAGCUUGACUGCUGAGGAAAUCAAAGUGCUGAGGAGGAUAAAGGAGGAGUAUGAAAGACGAGGAGGCUUCAUUAGGAUCUUCCCCACCGCAGAAACAUGGGAACUCUAUGGUGGAUAUCUGGAGUCCAAGACAUCAAUGAACUACAUGCUGGCAAACAGACUUUUCCAUGGAAGGAAUGUGAACGGGAAUGUGCAGCUGCAGGUGGACGCCGUCCACAGCUGUCACGUUGUCCAGUAUGAGAGGAAGCUGCUGUCUCUGGAGGCACGUAAGAGGAGACAACGCCACCUGACUCAUUACUCUGCUGCAGGGAAGAAGAAAUCGGGGAAGGAAUCCAAGGCCUCCCUGACUGCGAGAAGUAGUCAGGAGGGAGAGGAGUGCACUCAGGAGGAAAGAGAGGAGGUGAAACAAGUUCUCGAGCCAGUCUCACACAGGGCUUUGGUAGCAGAGCAAAGAAAACAAGUGGCCACACCACUGGAGCGCUGCCACAGUGAGGCUCUGUCCAGCUCAGAGGCAGCCAUGCACGAUGUCAGGCCCAGAGUCAACCUGCUCAACAUCCUUCAGCAGGGGUGGGACCUCAGUAAAGUGCAGGCCCGGAUGGCCUUUUCCUCAUACCUGCAGCGAGUCCAGCAAAGACUGUUGGCAGAGAGCAGGGCUAACACCAUCCCAGCUUGGCCAGACAAGGACGACGACCAAAUGGAGCUGGUGAUUCGCUUCCUGAGAAGAGCAGCCAGUAACCUUCAACAAGACAUAAAGGUGGUCUUGCCCAGUCGCCAGCUUCCACUCCAAGACCGCAGACGCAUCCUGUCCCACCAGCUAGGGGAGUUUAUCCACUGUUACAACAAGGAGACUGAACAUAUGGUGAAAAAAAAGGAGGAUAACAAAGAGGAGCAUUGUGUUAACCCCAGUGUGUUUCAGGAGUACAUCACUGCAGCAAGUGAAAAUGAUCUGGAGGAAGUACUGACAUUCUACACACAGAAAAAUAAAUCAGCAACCGUCUUCCUAGGAACAAAAGUCAGGAGUAUUAAGAAAGACGUCCAUGAAGUAAAUGCCUCGGGAGAUUCAGGCAACUGUGAGAAUUCCAAAACUCUGCCUGUGGCCAAAAAGGAUUCCAGCGCUUCAGAGUCCUCGCUCUCCACAGGGAAAGUCAGCAGUGACCCAGACAUCAAGGCCACUGAGAGUCAGCCUUCUGUCCGUACUUUGUCUGAAGACCAACAGGCAGCAGUUAGAACUGGUAAAACCCAGCCGGGGGUCCAGGCCUCCCAGCACUGCUCCAGCUUUCCUGUGAGUUUAGACUGCACACAUAUUCAUCUGCAGCACUGCUCUCCUGCCCCGACGUCCCUGCCUCUCCAUUGUCCGCCACCGCCACCACCUCCUCAGCCACCGUCCUACGCACAGUCCUUGGCAAAGUCUCAGUUUUGCCAUUCUGAGACUCUUUCUGACCCUCCUGCAUACACCUCUGCCAUCGUGGUCACACAGCCCCCGAGAGCAACGUGGACAGCUGUGUCCACUGGCUAUAAAACACUCUCUACUGGGCAACCAACCCAGAUGCUCAGGAGGAUUCAGUCCUUUACCUCACCGACGUCCAGCUCUGGAGCAGCCUCUUCCAUCCCGAGUGCCACGCAUAUCUAUAGCCAGAAGCUCUCUAGACCCACCUCUGCAGGCCAAGUGAUCAGGAGGAGCAACUCCAGUAAGCUGAAGUCAAACUCAGUGGAGACAUUCAAGGAGUUAAGCUCCCUGUCUGCCCAAGCCCAGUCUAACCAGCAGGCCUUCAUCUCAGCCCUGCAAAAGCUGGCUGACAAGCAGGUUGCUCGCCACUAUGCCAGCUCCAGUCACAUCAACCUGCUGACACAACACUUGACCAACCUCAACCUGGCGAACAAGAUGCUGAGCAGAGAGAGCUUCACACUGAACCCUAAAGUGCGGCAUACUGCUGCUACAACCCAAGGGCCAGUGAAAGCUGUUCAUUCUGGAACAGAUCUAUGUAGCAGCACUGGCCACAGGCCACUGAAGGAUGAAGAGGGUCUUUGGGAUGGGCAGAUGCAGAGUGCCUAUAGCUUGGUGACAGGGGUGAACCCCCAGCAGCGCUACCAGCCCACCCAAGGAAGCUACCAGCUUCAGUUUGCUAUCCAGAAACUGCAACAGCAAAGACUUAAGUCUCGACAAUUUCUGGACCAGAGCCAUUGCAGACACCAGGCUCAAUUUCCAGACCAGACAAGUACUCCACACGCCCAGGCUCCCACAAACUCAUCCAGCUGCCCUCCACCCAGCUUUUAUGUUCAGCCCAAUCACAAUCAUAGCCACAGCCACAUCAAAACCUGUGUUAGUCCUGUUCUCGCCCCAAAGCCACCCAGCAGUGCGAGAGAAGGACAGAUCAGGAAAACGGCAACAAAGCGCCUCAUCAAGCAGAUGUCCGCAGAGAGUUUAGCCAGUGGAAGUGAGUCCAGCGGCCAGCAUACGGUCUACGAAGCCAUCUGUGGUAAAACAGGUCUUUCUGUGUAUCACAAGCUGUUCCAGGGCCAGGAGCCCGGUCACAGAUGACAUGAAGGCGACCAGAGGCACGUCCUGCCCCUCUGCUGGCCUGACAGGUGUCUCUGCAUGUAACUACAUCCACACAGAGGUGUAUUCUGGGAAGGGACAACAGCAACAGAUGAAAGCAUGCCAGACAUCGAACAGGGCCCUAUUAACUACUCUAUGAUACAGCCAGAGACAUGCGAGAGGAUAGUCUGCGAGGCCAGGAAUGCCCAGCUUUGACGCAGGUUGGGAUUUUGUUGCGCAGCCCCCCUAUCCCCUUUGGCUACACUCAGUCUAUAUCCCAACAGUUGUCCGCCCUCAUUCGCUCCAUGGUAGUGAUGCCACAGAAAGAUUUAACUGACAGAUAGCCUUCAGCAGAUGGCUCUUCAAGCCCCAGUGGCAUUUUAACUACAGGAUUCAACGUUUUAUUCUUUGUUCAUGCAGUGGCAUGUGCACCGCUAGCCAUUCAUGUACAUUUUUCCUUCCUAAAAAGUUAUACAAACAAUUGAGAUGGGGGUUUUGAUAAUAAAAGUGUUUGAUAAGUAUUGUAGAAGUUGCCUGAGCAGCUUCUCAUCUUGCUGCCAUGAAUGGUGAGCAUACAGAGAAGUUCCUUUCAUGUGUGGCUUUGGGCAUUAGACACUCCAACUCCUUGUUGGAACCCAAAUUGCUGCCAAAUCAGACUCUAUAGCCAUCGCCUAAGGAUGUGUUAAAGUAUAGCAUCCUUUGCUUGUAGGCUUAAAAAAAAAAUUCUGAUUGUUAGAGCUUAAAUACGAUUGGUUGCUGCCUUGUUCCCUGUUUACGAGGAUGAUGUAACACUGUUGCUGGGAUAUUUAAGUUUUAUAUCAAGAAUACAGUUGGCUUGUGAUUAUUCCUGUAAACUGUUGACUUGUUGAUGUUGUGUUCCUUAGAUGGACCAAAUUUAAUAUUAAUAUUAAGUAAAUGAUUGUUAUUGAAUCAGUAUUUAUUUACUGUACAUUGUCCACUAUUGGCCUUUUUGGCCAUUUCUGUAGCUCAAAGCAUAACAUAAAGAGGAAUUAUGGUUAUGCACAGCCUUUCCUACAAUGAGGGUUAAUGCUGCACCAGCAGACCAAUAUUCUUAUGGAUAUUCUGUUGCCUGGGACCAUUUAGUGAAUUCACUCAGGGUGUGUUAAUAGAAUAAAACAUCUCUGUUAUAUAUCAAUAUAUUCAGCAUAUGUUUGUAAUGACUGUCAGAAAUACUUGAAUUUCAUGCAUGUCUUUGUCAUAUCAACUGAUGAUGAUCAUCAGAGUGCUUUUGCACAGAUUGUAGUUUUAAAUGCAGUACAACAGAACUGGUUUUAAUACACUUGAUGGCAUUUUUUUUGUAGUGAUUGAUGUUAAACUUCAUGUUGUGGAUUUACUACUGUUAAAGCCAGCGCAUGCUGUAUUACAAGAAUCCAACAGAAGGCUUCAAAUCAAUGUGUAUAUUCUCCUGUGGUGAUACAAAGUUGUUUACAGUCUGAUCAUUUAAUCUGUUUUGUUGCUGAUUGUUUACAACACACAUGCAUGGAAAUGUAAUAUUUUUGGAAUCAUCUACGCAGUCUGUAUCAAACAACACUGAAAUGAAUACCUUGAAGACAUUAAAACAUGCUGAUCAUGUCA